UUAAAUUGUAUUGGCACUGAGACAGAAGAUGGCAAUGUGGAAGAGUUGAACAAAAAACAGAUGGCAUUGAGAUUUGGAAUGACAAAUCAAAAACUCUGUGGAGGAAUGAACCCUCUGAAAUGUCCGGAUGUGAAACUGUCAUCAACAACACCACCUCCAACACCAACACCACCACCAACAACAAAAACUCCAAUAAUGCUUCCACCACCUGACGAGUUAUAUGAACCCAGUGGAACCUGUGUGGACGUUAUUUUUAUAAUUGAUGUUUCAUGUACAGUAUCGAAACAAUAUCAAAGACAGGCUAUUGAAGUUAUUAAACGCUUUAUUAAAGAAGUAAAAUUCAAAGGUGAUGAGACAGUAGAAGAUUCCAAAUUUGACUCAAUUAUCAGGGUACCAUUUUCUGAUGAAGCAACAGAUGCUGAGGAAACAAUUGACAGUAUCAUAGACCUUUUGACUGAAAUCAGUCCUGAUCAACAAAGUCUAACUAAUGUUGCUGUUAUACCCUUUCACGAGACAGCCCUAAAUACAAGUAUUCCAUUCCAGAAUAAUCGCAAAGAUUUAGAAAAAGGCCUUGAACAACUCAUGGAAUAUGAACCAAAAUGUAAAACAUUUGGAGACAGGGCCUAUGACAAAGCUGCAGAGUUCUUUGAUGCUAUUCCAAAAAGAAAU